AUGGCGAACAGUGGGACAACUUCUGCCUUGACCUGUCUAUCCACUAGUGAUAUUAUCACCAAGGUAGUAGAAUAUGGGAUAGAAGUAACUGAACUGGAAGCUAGGAAAUUCAGAGAUAAUGAUGUGGACGAGGAAGCAAUUUCCUAUGGCCUGACCGAGACGAUGGUCGCAUACCUCUUUGAAGGUUCCUUCAAAAAGCAAGCAAAAUUCCUACAAUUUGCACGCCAGCUGAAGGAGCCAGAGCCAUCUACAACGCUGACUUUUGAGAUCUUGCCAAAUGACUGUCUUUCUCCAACAUGUCAAGAAUAUGGGAGUUUCCCUGCUGUGUUUACCCUGCCAACGUUCCCCAAAGAUAUCCAGACCAAACUGGACACAAAACAACCAUGCCAUAAAGUGUCUACUGAUAGACACAAAAUCGUGAGGAUAUUGCAUGAGACGAUGGCACAAUACACAAUGUAUCCGACAAAUUCUGAAUAUAUUAAAGUGGCCAAAGCAUUGAUUUUCAGGUAUCCUUUCCUGAAGGAUAUGGAGGGGAAUAGAUAUAACACCUGGCAUAUGUCUUUAAAACGGCGGUUCAAAGCUGAAAGGACGCCCCUGGUCCACCACGAGGUAGUUCGAAACAUGAAGCAAAAGUUUGGGCAUCAUAGAUCACCCCAAGCACCAGAAAAUAACCAGGGAAGCAUAACGACUUCUGUCAGACGAUCUUCAGACAUCAUUUCUGUUUCUGGGGAGGACGAGUCCUCCAUUGGUGCACACACACAGGUUUUGAAACGACAAUACCUGAAGACCCAGCCUGAUUCCUGCAUCGUUACCAACGCCAUGACCAAGACAUUUCAGUGGAGGAGAAAGGAGGUGGCUGAGGGGGUACGGGCUGAUACUAUCGCCAAUAAGUAUCCAUUCUUGAAGACACCUGCUGGGUUGUGUGAGGAAAUGAACCGCAUCCACAACAUUGAAAACCUGCAGCACCGCUUCAGAGAGGAAUUUCUCCUCAUUCUACCCAAGGUGCUGGCCCUUGCAAGAGGAAAAUCCCCUCUGGAGAAGAUAUAUCUGCAGGCAAGAGAAGAGUCACUGAGCGAAGAUCUACCAGCCAUGGACUUCAAAGCCGGGCUUGUUCUCCUGCCAAUUAUUUUCAAGGAAAAGGUGGAGCAUCAUGUUACUUUGGAAGAGCCUGGCACACCUUACCCGACCACCCAACUGACGCACACCAACUGGAAGUCAGCCUUCACAAGAAGAGGGCCCAGUGUGGUCAAAACAGAUGGGUUCGAGUUGUGCAGGGCCAGUGAUUUGGAGGAGGGAGUCAUCGCAGCCUUUUGCGCAUAUUUCGUUUUCAACAUGGCCUACCCACCAAACCGUAAGAACACCUUGACCUUCGUACAGCGCUGCAUCCUGAAAAUAUCUGAGGAGGGGGAUAAGCCGCUCUCGACCACUGUUAUCAGAAUUCUUAACCAGUUAUACUAAUGCCUCGCCUACAUCAAUGUCCCAAGUGCUCUCGAAGAACAUUCACACUAAUGAAAUUAGUACAGCAUGUUGGACUUAUACAUGCUCAAGAGUCUAAUUUUAACAUAACUUGUGGAUUGAAUGAUUGUCAAAGUACAUUUUCAAAAUAUGAGUCUUUCAGAAGACACAUGUACAGAAAACACAAGCACUCCAUUUUGCCCUCUGAUGACGAAGAGCAUGAGCCCCCUAUGGACCUUGAAAAUGAAGAUGCCGCUGCAGAAAAUGAUCCCUCCACAAAUGGCAUGGCCGAACAGCCUCCCUGCUUGAAUGAACUGUUGACAUCGUUUAGUGAGAACCUUGUUAGUUUUAUUCUAAAAUGUAGAGAAAAAAAUAAUCUUCCACUGUUGGUACAGGAGGAAAUCCUUGAUGAUGUCAAUGUUUUGUUUUGUUUUUUUAAGGAAAACUAUGAUGCAUUCAUAGCCUACCACCUAAACAAAAGUGGCUUUAACAUGUCAGAAAACCCUGAAAUUCAGAAUGUUUUACAAUCUAAGGAUUUUUUUGAAGAAGCAUCAAUUGUGAUUAGGUCUAAAUACAAGCUGAAAGAGCAUUGCAAGUCAAAACUCGAUAUGACUGAACCUGUUCAGUACACUUUAAGAGGUUCUUCAGGACACAAACUGGGCAGCUACUCCUAUGUUCCUCUUAGUCAAGUGCUGCGUAAAUAUUGCUCCCACGUAGAUGUUUGGGAAGAAAUACAGUCUUACAAUAACCAACAAAAAAAUGAAGGUGUUUUAAGUGACUAUUCCGAUGGGGUCUACUUUGCAGAGCACCCAUUCUUCAUGCAUCAUCCGAAUUCCUUACGACUACAUUUUUAUGAGGAUGAGUUUGAAGUAGUGAACCCUUUAGGUUCUAAACGUAACAAACACAAAUUGUGUGCCUUUUAUUAUUCAAUCGGUAAUAUGGACGGGCGCUAUCGGUCUCAAUUGAAGAAUAUUCAUUUAGCUUUACUUGUGCGUUAUUCAUAUGUAAAACAAUGUGGUUGGGAUGUCAUAUUGAAACCAAUGCUUGAUGAUCUCAAAGAUCUAGCAACGAAUGGGUUCACUGUAUCUGUUAGUGGGAUUGAGUAUAAAGUUAAUGCAGCACUAGCAACGAUUUCUAGCGAUAAUCUCUCUGCUCAUAUGCUUGCUGGGUACAGCAUGUCAUUCAACUCUGGUAGGAUUUGUAGGUAUUGCAUGGCAACUUAUAAUGAAAUGAAAGAAAAGUUUACAGAGGAAUGUUUUGUUUUAAGAACAGCAGCUGUUCACCAAUAUCACCUUGAAUGUAUAGUACAAAAUCCAGACAGUAAAGCAAUAUAUGGAGUACAGAGUAAAUGUCCAUUUGAUGAACUGCCCUAUUUUGACACAACUACCUCCUUUCCCCCAGACAUAAUGCACGAUCUACUAGAAGGAGUAAUUCCUUUAGUUCUAAAACUUGUUUUGACUCGAGCUCAUAGAGAGAAGCAUAUCACUAUUACAGAAGUAAAUGAAGAGUUACAGAAACUCUCAAUUGGUCAAAAUGACAAGACAAACAAACCUGUACUGCUGUCUGAAAAGCUUUUAAAUAAGUCAGGAAUAGUUGGAUCUGCAUCACAAAAGUGGUGUCUUUUUAGGUUGCUCCCUUUUCUAAUAGCAGACCGUGUUCCACCAGAUAGUAAAUAUUGGAAUGUGUUCCUCUUGUGUCGUGAGAUUUCAGAUAUUGUCAUGGCAUCUACAGUAAAAAAGCGGUGUCUUCCCAUGUUAGACUUACUUGUACAGGAGUUCCUCGGAGAAAUGAAAGACGUAUUUGGGAUCAUUACACCCAAGUGCCAUUAUAUGAUACAUUACUCUCGACUUAUGUUAAUGUAUGGACCUCUUCGAUCCCUUUGGUGCAUGCGAUUUGAAGGGAAGCAUCAGUAUUUUAAAAAUGUUGCCAGUAAUUGUAGGAACUUCAUUAACAUAGCUACAACACUAAGUAGCCGUCACCAAUACAAACAGUGCUGGGAGUUUUCCUCCAAGAUUUUAUGUGACUUUGAAAAAGUACCAGGAAAGAGUAUUGGCACACCAUUUGAAUCUUUACCAGCCCAACUUCAGACAGCUCUUUCAAACUUUGUAGGAAUUGAUUUGAAUGGCAAGGUUGUUCAACGUGUAUCUGAGGUUUUAUUACACAAUGUUAAGUAUGCCUUAAAGGACAUUUUCGUUAUUGCUACAGUUCAUUCUGAGGAAAUUCCCUUGUUUUUUGAGGUAAAAUACAUUUUAAACAUGGACACAAAAUUGGUUUUGUGUGGGAAAAUGCUGAUUCCAGUAUCAUAUCUUAAACAUUUCCAUGCAUACCAAGUCCAGUAUGACACUGAUUGGUCAUGUUUUCUGCCAGGCCAAGAGAUCAAUUUUUCACCUCUUGAUAGCUAUACCGUGGAUGACAAAUUGUUGGUGAAUAUUUCCAAGUAAUAUUGUGACUGGGUGACUGACUGACCGACUGGGUGAUCAGUAUGACACUGGUCAUAUUUUCACAUCGCUAUGCAGUGGAUUACAAAUUGUUGUUGAAUAUUUCAAACUAAUGAGAAUUGUGAAGCUUUGAUAGAUUGCUGUAUUUAUGAAAAUGUGUUUCAUUGUAUUGGUGAAUGUUUCACCCAUUGAUAUAUAUACUGUGGAUGACGGGUUGUUGGUCAUCAGUAUAUCAAAAGUAUGUUUUUCUAUAUUGAUGGGUUAUUGAACAUUUAUUUUCAUUUUUCAGCGUUCGUAGGAAAUGAAUUGAUGUUUUUAUUGAUUAUUGUUGUAGCAUGCAAGUUGCCAUCUAUAUUAUGUGCUGACUUUCUGAUGGGAGUGAUGUGAGGGAUAACGUGUUUUGAUAUUGAUUAAAUGAGAUUAAACUAAAAUAUUUGGAUUUUUGCCUGUUUUGUCUGACAAAAACCUAUGCUCACUUUUAAAGGUACAAUAAAGUGACAAAUGUGUACCUGAAAGGUACAACUAGCAUUGUCACUGGGGUGGUACCCUAAAGAGACAAAUUUGUACCAUUUCAGAAGGUACAUGUAUAUGUUGUAACUGACCGCUACGUUAUUUAAUAUGCAUGGUUAGGGGCGGGCGUAGGUAUGGGUGUGACGCUGCGAACCCCGGAAUCAUAACUGAUUUAAACUAUUGCCAGGCAACGAGGUCUAGCCUGUGCUACGGACCUCUCAAACAUACACGUAAGUUACUGAAUUGCCACAAAUAUUGUGUUAUAUAAUCGGUUUGUAUAGGUUUUAAUUGAAACUGUGUGUGUUGUUCCUUGGCUCAACUGUUCAUAGUGCCAAGUGAUAUAUUAAGAUAAGGACUGCCAGGCCUGACGUCGCACAUAUUGCACCCUCGGUGAGCGGAGCGAGGUACGUUACAGGGACUGUAUUACAAGUGUUUGUUUGAUCCGUGAAUAUAUAUUUGUGAUUUAAUCAAUGACUUGUACUUGUUCUAUGUCUGUAUAUAUUUUAGUUUUCACGAUGAUUGAAAGACCAUUAAAGAAACUGCAUCCGUC